AUGAAAAUUCUUGAAAAGGGUUUAAAAUUCACACCCACGCCAAAACAGGAUAAUGUGGAUCUCAUAAAAGAUACCGAGGAGUUUUGUCGAAAACUUAGACUUGGAGAAUAUUUUCAAAAUGAAGAAAAUAUAGACGAAUCUCUUGUAAGAAAUAAAAGUAACUUCAAACCACCACCUAAUAGAGAUAAACAUUUAGAUGAAUUUAUUAAAUGUUUACAAAGUUCCGCAAGAAAUAAUGACUUCUGUAUGAAUACCCGUAUUAAAGAUAAUAUCAAUAGACUGGAACGAGAAGCUAUCAAAAGCCUCGCAAUUGAUAAUUCUAUUGUUAUAAAGGAAGCAGAUAAAGGGGGAGCAAUUGUCAUUAUGGAUAUGGAUCAUUACAGAGAAAUGGUUUUAGACCAACUUAUGGACACCAACUUUUACAAAGAAUUAGUUUCUAAUGAGGACAGUAAAACCAUAUGCAAGAUUAAGAAAUUAACUUCUAAAUUUGCGGAUAAUUUAACCGUGAAAGAAGUGGAUUAUUUAACAAAUUUCGAAAAUAAAUGUAGUAACUUUUAUGGUUUACCAAAGAUCCACAAAUCCAAAGAAAUACAGGACGGACUCGAAGGUAAAAACGCUUUAUAUAUAAAAUUACCUCGACCAACAGAUUUAAAGCUUAGACCAAUUGUAGCUGGCCCUGCAUGCCCCACGCACAGAAUUAGUAACUUGUUGGAUAUACUUCUAAAGCCUCUAUGCCAACUUGUACCAAGUUAUGUAAGGGAUGAUAUGGAUUUUCUUGGCCACAUCCCAGAUACAGUUGAAAUAAAUACAGAGAUGGUUAGUUUUGAUGUAAGGAGCCUCUAUACUAACAUACCACAUACACUUGGACUGGAAGCAAUCGCUUUUUGGAUCGAUAAAUACCGCAGUGAAAUAAAUGAAAGAUUUUCCAAAGACUUUAUCCUAGAAGGAUUAAAAAUAGUAUUAGAAAAUAACCAUUUUGUUUUUGACAGCAGAAAUUUUCUACAAAUAAAAGGAACAGUGAUGGGCACAAAAGUUGCCCCAACCUAUGCCACCCUAGUACUUGGGUUUUUAGAAGAAAAAUUGACCAGUGAAACAGACAGAAGAUUUGGAAAUCAGUUUGCCCAAUAUAUACGCUUUAAUUGGAAGCGAUAUUUAGCUGAUUGUUUCAUUUUCUGGAACAGAUCUAAUGAAGAUUUACAAGAAUUUCAUUCUAUUCUUAACAAUCUACAUCCGUCUAUUAAAUUUACGGUGGAAAAAAGCGGAUUGGAACUACCUUUUUUAGAUAUCCUUAUAAUUAAGGAGGGUCGUAAAAUCAUAACAGAUUUAUACUACAAGAAAACGGAUUCCCACCAAUACCUUGUAUUUAAUUCCUGCCAUCCUUCACACGUAAAACGUAACAUACCUUUUAAUAUGGCAAGACGUGUUUGUACCAUUGUCAUAGAUGAAACCAGAAGAAACAGCCGUCUGCAGGAAUUGAAAACUUUUUUACUUAGACAACUUUUUUACUAUCCCAAUGAUCUAAUAGACGUCGCUAUUGAAAGGGCCAAGUCAUUACCAACUACAGAUCUCCGGAGUUCUACUAGAGCAGGGGCCCAGGAAAACAAUAAAGAAAUCCCGCUUGUCGUUACACAUAACCCCCGGAACCUUAAUAUGUAUAAUUCCGUAAAACAGUGUUUCCCCAUUCUACAACAAUCCCGAAAUCUAAAGGAAUUAAUUGACCUGAAGAGCAUAAUCUAUAGCCGGCGCCAACCCCCAAACCUGAAGAAACUCCUUACAAGAGCCAAAUUUUCGUCAAAUGAAGACAUACGCACAGUGGCCAAAUGUAUGGACCCCCUAUGUGGAACCUGUCCUUAUUUAAAAACAGGAGAGACGUUUACUUUUAAAUGUGGUAAAACAUUUACUUUGGUAGAUUUUACUGUGAGUUCCGACAAGGAAAUCUACGUAAGGAAUAUGGAGAUUGUUGAAAACCCUAUUAAAGGAAAAUAUAAACAUAGUCGUAUAGGAAAAGAAAAAUACGAACACAGUGAUGUGCAAUUUAAUAUCAUUCACUCGAAAUGUACUUCACCUCCCGAUGGCGUUCAUAUUUUGUGGAAUUUUGGAGAUGGUUUGAAUUCAAAAGAAAAAGUCCUUUCAACAAAUUUCACGAAAGUCCAUCAGUAUAACAGUCGCAGACAAUAUAGUUUUUCGGCAACCUUCACAGAGGGGAAUGAAUCUUACACAGCAAGUGGAAUCCUUUAUAUUGGAAUUGUUCAAGAUUUUUCGAUCACUCCUUAUAAUGUUACCGUAGGAAACAUAGCAUAUUUCUCAGUAACUGUUCACAAUAACUUAAUAAGUAGAGUACUGCGUUAUGAUUUUUACCACGAUAAUGCUAACAUGAACUCCACAACAUCUGCACUAGUUUAUUAUAGAUUUACGCAGCCAAACAUUCACAUACCUUAUGUAAAAGUCACUCUUAUGAAUGGGCUUACGGAAUACGUUUACUCAACCACCCAACUAGCGAUCGACUACGAUUUGUCCGGUGGCAGUUUGAAAUUAAUCUCUGGAUACAAUCCUGUACCUCUCCCACCUGGGUUUAAUACAUUAUCAAUGCAGGUUCUACCUGGUUACAUCGCAGCUGAAGCCACCUGUAAUAUAACAACAGGUGAUAAAGUAAACCGGACUCAGUUUAGUUUCGAUCAUAAUUUUAGAUAUGCAGCUUUCAAAUCAAUCUCUUAUAAACACGAUUCUCUUGGAACGAUGAAAUCUACAGCUUAUUGCUAUAAUAAGAUAUCAGAGUUUAGAACAGAGCUGACUUUUGAAGUCGUUAAUCCAUGUUUUCGAAUUGAUGAGCGAUUUGAUAGACAGUAUUCCAUGCCAGAUACUCCACUAGAAGUUUCCGUCACAGAAGACGUUAUCAUAUAUUCAAGGAGCGUAAUUGGCUGUGAAGAAAUGGGAUCAGUUAACUGGACCGUUGAAUAUGCCGAAACUCUAAGUCGGGAUAUAAACUACACGAACAUGAAUUUUGUAAAUGCAGCAAAUGCGUCCACAAAUGUGAUACUGAUUCCAAAAUAUACUUUAGGCCCUGGAUUGUACAAGAUAACGUGCUUGAUAUCUGUAAGUUAUACAUGGCUCGAAGAAUAUACAUUUGUUAGAUUUAUUCUCCAGCCCCCGACAGCGUUCAUACAAGGCGGUGACUCUGCAAGAGCAAAAGAGAAGAAAAAUACUAAAAUAGAACUUAAUGCUAAAGAUGUGUCGUAUCAAGAGAAAAUUGGAGGAAAAGGAAAAUUGGCGUACAGAUGGACCUGUCGCAGGUCUGACGGGAAAGCGGUAGAAAAAUGUGGGGAUGAAGAGGGUAAAUGGAUAUUGAAGAUGGACAAAUAUGUGUCAUAUAACAUAACUGUAACAGUAGCAAACAAUCUUCAAUCCUCAAGUUUUACUCAGAAAAUCUCACGAGUGAAACAUUAUAUUCCUGUUGUCUCAAUUAGGUGCCUCUUUAACUGUGGACAAAAAGCUGUGGUCUCAAGAAGAACUAUUUAUACGGUUGAUUGCAAGGAUUGCAAGGCUCGACGCAAAUACUAUUCAUGGUUUCUGGAAUUCCAUGAUUCGUCAGGAAGUAAUCCCAAAAAAAGACAAGAGAAUUUGAAAAUCAUGACCUUGAACAAUGAAACCGGAAAACAAAUUAUCAUUAUUAAAGAGGGUGUUCUUAAAGAAAAUGCUAGAUAUACACUAUCUGUUACUCAAAAAGAGAAGUGGUCCCGUUGCAAGCGAUUCAUACACUGGUCGUGGUGUGAUACAAAGCCUGGAUGGCCAAGUGAUGUGUCCAUUACAUUUGAAACUGGAAGCCCUCCUAUUCCCGGAACUUGUAACGUUGAUCCAUUAUCAGGAUUUGCAAUGACUACUGAUUUCAGGAUAAACUGCACUGGGUGGAAAACUGGUAACUCUAAUAUCGGAUCUAUUUACCAUCCUCUGUUGUACAUUUACAAAGCUCUUAUCUGGCAGAGGGAUGGGGAAAUCAUAUCAAAUUUCUCUACAACUCUCUAUAGUGGAUAUGAAAGCUCUAUCGGAAAUUUGAAAUUGCCAACUGGACCAGAAGACAUCGUUAAUAUCACGGUGGAAAUCAUUGAUCACCUUGGAGAACUGAGUGACUGGUCACGCAAUGUAACGGUUUAUCCAGUGAAUGAAACUUUAACAUCGAAUGAAGGUGAAAAAUUUAAUAUUCUCUUUCAAACAUUUGAGAAUCAGAAUAUUCAGGAAAAAAGAAACAGAAAUUAUCUCUCGCAGCUUCACCUAAUGCUCUCUGUUUCCUCGAUGUUUACUAACAAAUCGAAAGUGGAAGAGCUACUGGGGAGUAUAUCAAACAUCGUGGAUAUUAUAUACGAUAUUGACGGGAACACUGCUCUCACUCAUCAGAUGCUAAAUUUGAUCACCUGGACGAUGCAUUCUCUAACCCGACAUUCCCAGUAUCUUAACGAAAACUCAAUUAGUUUCAUUUUGGGGAUAUUUAAAAGAUUUUCAUUAAGGAUAAAGAGUAAUUUUGAAGUUCGACCUUUCAUGAUUAAAUACAAAGGAGUUAUGGAUGACGCAAUCAAAGGCAUGGUGACUGUUCUACGGUCGACUGUUUUUAGAAUUUAUGCAAGAGAUGCUCGAGCUAAACGCAAAGACAUUGAUUUGAAUUUAUGGGAAAGAUCAAGGACUCAAAACUGUCAAAUAAGAUUAGAAGAAUAUCUUCAGCGCACAGAAAAUAUAUCUUCUCUGAAACACACAUUUCAACCUCAGAUAGAGGAAAUAAUCUCUACGUUACAACAAGCCUUAUUGUCUGUCCUUGUUAAUGGAGAGGGUGGGAUAUCAUUAGACUUGGGGCAAACUACAAUGAAAGUAAACCGAACAUUGCUAGCAGAUAGAAGUGAAGGAGUAAAGGAUGAUAUUCCAGUGCUAGAUCAGGAGGAAGAAAUAAUAUGUGAAGAAAUGGAGUAUGAUGGUGACAGAAACCCAUACAAGAGUUCCGAUAAUGGCCAAGUCGUGGAUACCCUAGUUAAACAAUCAAGAUGUUAUACAAAUCACUCUUUACCAAUUGUUAUCAAACUAAAAGAUUCAAAAAAAUUCAAACGGAUAAAACCUGAUAUUGAUCCUCAUGAUCCUGAGCAAAUGAUUUACCUAAAACUCAAUGCCUCGAAGAAAGCCAUUUUAAUUUAUCUUCGUCCAGUUGGUAUUAACGUUUUUCAAAGGAGAAGAAAUUCUCUCUAUACUUUGUAUGUGCGACGAGACCAAAGACCCACAUCUAGACAAAACCACUUUUCCAAGAAGAUAACUGUGGAUGAUUGGUCAGAGAAUCUAGGACUCAAAGUAUUUGUUCACAAGGGAAUAUGUGGAGAAGGUCAUUGCUUCUUGGGAUUAAAACCAAGAAACGUAGAAAACCAGGCUGCUGUAACAGAGCAAAGCAACUCGACUCAACAAAACGUUUCAGUUACUUUUCUAGAGGUGGAAUUAGAUGCCAUAAUCACUGCAGUAGGAUGUGCAGCGCAGAUAAAUAAUUCAUGGAAAGAUGAAGCAUGCACGCCUCUUCCAAUGACGAGCGUAACGGAAGUAAGAUGUAGAUGUCCAGAUAUUCCAUCGGACCAAAAAGAUGUCGUCUACGGUUCGUCGUUUCUGGCUGUCAAUGAAAUCGAUGUUCAAGCGGCAUUCCUUAACUUUGAUAUAAGCAACGUAGCAGUCUACGGGACGAUUCUAGCAAUCCUUGUCCUGUACACUCUUUUAGUUUUACUUCUGAGAAGAAAAGAUUCUGAGGAUAGGGAGAAGUGGACGCUGGGCUUCCUGUGUGACAAUAGCAAAGACGAUGGUUAUUUCUACCUAAUCACUGUUGUCACUGGUUUGAGAGCUGGUGCAGGUACUCAAUCCAUCGUUAAUUUUAUUCUGUACGGUGAACUGGGAGAGAGUGGAGUUCGAAUUCUUAGUGACGAUCUGAAGAAGGGAUUUACAACCGGAAGUAUCAAUCGAUUUAUCAUGUCAACCCCGAAAUAUCUGGGAAGACUGUUAAAUUUGUGGAUUUGGCACGAUUUCUCAGCGACUGGAGCGGAACAAAAUUGGUAUUUGACGAGUGUAACAUUUGAUGAUUUAAAGACCAAAGAAAGGUAUGUGUUUCAGUGCGAUACUUGGUUAGCAUUGGACAAGGUCAGCGGACACACUGAUUGUUUGGCAAACGCUACUGAUAUGCAUGACUCUAAAGUUCUGUUUUCUGAUCAGCUAUUUUACAAUAUCACUGAAAAUAAUCUGUGGUUUUCUACAGUUUUCCGUCCGGAGCAGAGUUCUUUUACUCGCGUACAACGUCUAUCAUGUAUACUAGCGUUUCUCUUUUUAGCAAUGCUUGCUAAUGCCAUGUUUUACGAAGCACCAGGCACAAAAGAAAAAGAAAUUUUGAAAAUUGGAAUCAUCUCCUUUUCUCUUACUACAUUAUUUACAUCACUAAAAUCCGUUGCCAUCACAACUCCGCCAAUCAUUCUUGUGACACUUAUUUUCCAACAUAGCAGAGACAAAAUAACUGAAUCGGAAGAAGAGAACAGCGACGAACUUAUCCGACCAAGAAGAAAACGCCUACCACAUUGUAUGUGUUACUUUGCAUGGGCGGUGAUAGUAUUAGCAAUUGCGUCUUCAUCUUUUGUGCUGAUUAUGUACAGUAUGCAAUGGGGUAAAUCAAAGUCGCAAGAGUGGCUUUCAUCGUUUAUGGUUUCAUUUCUUUCGUCUGCAACAUGUAUUGAUCCUUUAAAGAUGCUUUUUAUUGCUGCUGUAUUUUCAUUUAUCUUGAAAAAUCCUGCCACGAAAAAAACUAUUGAAUUUGAUAGCACUCUUCUGAAGAAAUACUGUUCCUUCCAUUCCAGCAAGAAAUCUAAACAAUAUGUUGAACUUCUUGGAUCAGUAUUUCAUAAAACGCAACCAUUCAGUAAUUCGAAAAUUCAGAGUAUGCGAAAAAGACAAGAAGAAGCUGCUUCAGCAAAAAACAGUUUUCGAGAUCUCGUGGUUUCAUUGGUAUUAGCUGGAAGUGUUGUGGCUAUAGGGUAUACCGAGUUUGAUGUCAAUGCCUAUUACCUUCAAAACAAUAUCAGAAACUACCUUGUAAGCGAUGGAUAUGGCCAGUUUGGAUUUUCAGCGGUGAAUAGCACUGAUGGUUUCUAUGAAUGGUUGAAUAGUACGUUUAUUCCUGCAUGUUACCCUUUACAGAAAUACAAUGAAGUCAACCUGGAUAUUUUAGGAAAACAAAUGUUUGGCGAUUUGGCAAGCAUAAGAGUUGGACCUGCUCGCAUAAGGCAGGUUCGAAUGCCAGAACGAAAAUGUGCGAGCACUUUGAUUUCCACUUACUAUCCAUGCAUCGACACAUAUGAGCUGACCGAAGAGGAUAAAGGAUCAUACUGUCCAAAAUGGGACCAAUUAUCCAAAUGUAUGGAUUCUGAAUUUGUUCCCCAGGAGUGGUCGUACGUCGAUUCUAGUGCCAUUUGGGGACUACCCGUGUCUGCUGUGUAUAACACGUACAGUGGAGGUGGGUACUUUUUCCUCUUGGACGAGGAACGGGGCCAAUCGCAACGACUAGUUCAAAGAGCCAAAGUCGAGAACUGGAUUGACAGACACACAAGAGCUGUAAUGACAGAGUUCACACUAUAUAACCCAAAUACAAAUAUGUUUAUUAACGCUGUGCUUGUGCUGGAAUUUCUAGAACAAGGGUUUGCAAUGCCAGAUAUUCAUCUCCGGCCAUUUACGAGAUCUUUGGAAUUUAAUGAAUGUCCUACUUCUUUGCAAGCUUCUUUUGUCAUUUUUGUGAUAUACUUUAUCAUUCUAUUUGUUAAUAUUGUACAUCAGUUAUUUAUAGACUGUAGAAAUGUGAUCAAAAGGGUUUGGUUUUGGGUGGACGUAUUAUUUGCCCUUACCAGUGCUUCCUCCAUUGCCCUCUUCAUUAUCCGCAAAAGUAUAUCUGACAAGGCCGAGAAGAUGUUUUAUGAUCAGCAAUAUACAGGAGAAAACAAUUUUAUUAAUUACUACCAAAUAAUUGUACUGAACAUUACAAUCCAGGUCGUAUUAGGUUUCAUUUCUUUUAUGGCUAUUCUGAGAAUUUUACGGGCGUUUGAGUACAGCAAGAAGCUUUCAGCUUUCUGGAGAGUAAUAUCUGACUCUGCACGUCCUUUGCUUGGAUUUUUUAUUGUCUUUGGCAUCACGCUGUGUGCAUAUGCUUCUAUGGUAUAUCUGCUUUUCGGGAGGUUUGUUAAUAGCUUCAGGAACAUGGCCAUCGUUUUUGGAAGUUUAGCAAACACACUUAUUGGGAAGAAUGACGUUGUUAUCUUAAUGAAAGCAUCACCAGUUUUUGCUGUGUUCUUUUAUUUCACCUAUGGGGUUACUGUUAUUUUUCUGUUGCUCAAUAUAUUUGCUGCAAUUCUGAACGAGACAAUAGACACAGUGAAACAUAGGGUCAGAAGUGCUGGAGAUGUAUUUGGUAUCGGUGAUUACACCCUUGCCUCUGUGAAGGAUAUCAUCACUUUGAUUUCAACAACCGUUUCUCGAAGCAAAGAGACAAAGAAAGACGAAAUUUGUCAUGGUGAAGCAAGACGACAGAGCAUUGAUUUAGAAGCAGUUGUUGGCAUUCUUCGACGAGUUUUCCAGACUUACAAGAAGCAAGUCAGGAAAGAGCCUGCUAAUAUCAACGACUAUGUUAUCUCACGCACCAUGGAUGAUGAUGAUGGCGACGUUGAUGACAACUAUACAGAAGAAAAUAUUGAGAGAGAGGAAGAUCUGGAAAUAAAAAGACAGUCAGUGUUAAAAUACAUAUGA